GGGAGGGAUUCCAGCGAUCAGCUUUCCACAUCCGAGAGGCACUUAAAAUAAAUACACAAAUAUUGUGUGGAAGAAUACACCACCAGUACCGCAUUUUGUAGCUCUCGUCUGCUUACAACAAACAAGAAAGCCGACCCACACAGCCCACGGCUCACGGCUCACAAAAUUUAGCAGCCCCGGACAAGACGCCUUAAUUGAAAUUUCUGCCCUCGAUCGAUGCCGACUCGUCGACGCCCGAGCCAGCAUGAGGAAAGAGACCCAUCAGACGAAGUAGCUCAACAGCAGGGGAUGGAUGUUGAACUUCUUACCCCCCAUAGUAGCCCGUCUACAAGUCGCCCUGAUAGUUUACUACAUAACAGCCCAAGAGAUAGCCCCCACCCCACUUCUCGCCUGCCAAGCUUCGAGACCAGCACUUCUAUUCCUCGUUCUAAUGGCCAAGAGGAUGCCACAUAUGGCAGUCGUCCUAAUCUCAAGGUUCGCUGGCGAAGCAAACUUGGCGAAGAUUAUCGUACAGACACUAGAUCUUUCCAUUCGCCCAGACCAUCUACUGCGCCUUCUGAAGAAGAAAUUGCUGCAGUUCGUCGUUCUGUAACAAGCAUUUUCCGCCGACCACAAGGAUAUUCUCCUCGCCAAAGCCGAAGCGACCUGGAAUCUGGGCCUCCAGGUUCGCGCUCUUCGGUCUUGUCGUUUGAGUCGGACUCAUUUGUGCAGCCACGUCCCAUGAAGCGGAGAGCGUCUAGCCGGCGUUCUUCAGCUGGCUCUUGGGCAUCGUCCGACAAUGACUCAGACUAUGACGCACAGGUUGGAACCGGCGGAAUCCUGAGCGCCUUGCUAGGUCUAUAUGGUAAUGAGGCUUCUUACAAAAAACGAAAGGCUCUCAGGUCUCUCUUGAGGCGUAGCGACAAAGAUAAUGAAGACAGUCACCGAGGAAGAGCAAGAAAGCGUUGGAGUACGGAAUCGCUUUUUGCCCUCCCAUCUCGCAACUCUAGCAGAAGUGCCAGUCGCUCAGUGAGCAGGGGAGCAACGAGUGCACCUGAUGGGCCUGAAGUUGCUAGGAGAAUGCGCGACGAGAGGGAAAAGGUGCAUAGGAAUCGGAGGCAUCAACGUUUGCCUCAUCGAAGUCAAGACCUCAAUCAACCGUAUAUCCCAUCCGCGCGGUAUUCAAAUCCCUUACAACCUGCUCCAAAUGUCACUGCCGCGCAACGGUUCAGAACUUUUAUGACAGGCAGGAGCGCUCCUGCUACCCUUCUUGGUGCCCCAGAUGCUGUAGACCAUUCUAAAUCACAAGAAGAAAGCAGGUACCGUACUAUGGCCGCCCUGUUGAUCACUACGAACUCCCUUAUGAGCAUAGGAAGCCCUAUUCUUGCCCAUGUUGCGCCUGCGUCCGGGCAAGAGGGAGAGUCUAGUGGAGGUCAUCGGAAGAUCAGCUGGUAUGAAAGCGUAGCAGAAAAGGAGCGGGCUGAACAAGAAAGAGAACAGAAGGAAGAACAUGAUCUCGGAUUGAUUGAUGGAGAAGAGGAUAACAUUCGGGCUAUGGAAGAGGGGAUGUGUGGAGGGAAGAGGAAAAGAAAAAGAACAAGGGGUAAAAGAAUACAGCGAGAGAUGGCAGUUACCAAGCAUGUUUCAAACUUAAUUCAAAGGAAGAAGUUUAUUGAGGAACUUGCCAAAGCAGUCGUCAAUUAUGGUGCUCCGGCUCAUUCAGUGGAGGCAUGGCUAGCCUCAACAGCUGAUAUUCUUUCCGUCGAGGCAUCUUUUGUCUAUCUACCGACUGUCCUACUUGUUGCCUUCCGAGACACCGAUGUACACUCUACCGAUGUCCUUUUCAUUCGUCCAAGUGGAGGCCUAGAGCUGUACCGAUUAUCUCUGGUGCAUGAGGUCUACAGAAGAGUGACUCACGAUAAAAUAUCCGCUAGUCAAGGUCGUCGAGCUCUGAAAAGGAUCGGGCGCGAGACCCUUCCCUACUCUCGACUGACUCUCAUCCUCACAGCAGCUGUUGCUUCCGCCAUCUCUGCCAGAGUGGCCUUCUCCGGAUCGUUCAUCGACAUCCUCAUGUCAGGCGCAUUGGGGGCCCUUUUCACCUUAGUCCAAUUCACAGUAUCGAAGGAGAAUAGGGUGUUUUCUAAUAUAUUUGAAAUUGGAAUGGCCGGAAUAUUGAGUUUUGUAGCUCGUGGACUUGCUUCAUCCAAAUAUUUCUGUUACGAGUCUUUGGCGUCUGCUUCCAUUGUUUUGAUCCUUCCAGGGUGGCAUAUAUGUCUGGGAGCUCUUGAACUUGGUUCGAAGAACAUCAUUGCAGGUGGCAUUCGUCUUGUUUGGGCUGUUGUCUACACUCUCUUCCUCUCGCUUGGUCUGGGCAUUGGUAGUGAAAUUUGGGACUCUUUUGGGCCGCCUCAGCCUGGGAAUGACUCAAAUAGCUCAGAUGCAACGGAGGUGCAGUGCUAUCGUGAUCCCAAUUGGGAUUACUGGUGGUACACCGAGCCCAGCGACUGGUGGCUUUUCCUACUCGUGCCGGUAUUUGCAUUCUCUCUUGCAGUGUGGUUCCGAGCGGAUUGGCGUUCUAAGGAUAUAGUUGUCAUGGUGUUAGUGGCUUGCGCAGGUUAUGUUGUCAACUACUUUCUUUCAGGCCAAAUUUCGCAAAUCAACGUUACAUCCGCUGUAUCGGCCUUCGCCGUUGGCGUUCUGGGCAACCUUUAUUCUCGUCUUGGAAGAGGUUCGGCGUUCCCAUCAAUGGUUUGCGGUAUCCUGCUUCUUGUGCCCAAUGCAAUCGCGGCCGCCGGUGGACUAGCUACUAACAGCAUUGACCAAAGCGACUCGACUAAUAGCAAUAAUGAACAAGAAAUCAACACAGCUGUCAUUGUUAGCAUAAGAAUGAUUCUCGUUGGAGUCGGCCUAGCAGUGGGACUCUUCGCUUCCACGGUCGCCAUCUAUCCUUUUGGAAAGACAAGGCGUUAUAUAUUUAGUUACUAACGUUUGUCUAUUCAGCAUCUUUGCAUUACUUUUCAGUCUCUGUAUUUUUAACAUGCUGCUACUUGUGCUGGAUAGACUUUGACAUUUUUCAUAAAAGAUAAAUAUAGAUAAAUAGAUGAUGACAUUUUCAACGCCUAUCUUUUCUUUCCCUUUGGCUGUGUAUCAUAUAGCGCUUGAUGAGA